GCGUGCUUUUCGCGCUACGGAAGGAACGAUACUUUGUGCGGUUUAUUGUAGCUCAAACUAUCAGUCGUUGUGUGCCACGACCGUGAUUAAAAGUGCAUCAUCUAUCUUUGAAUCCCGCUGUGCUCUGCAAUUAUCCUUGUCCUUUUUUCGGCCUGCAUAGUGAACCGUAGCGAUGUUCGGUGUCGGCCAAAUGCCUAUCGUGGUGUUGAAACCUAACACGAAACGCGAUUCAGGCCGAAGGGUUCAGCUCGAUAAUAUCAAGGCGGCCAAAGCGGUCGCAGACAUUAUCAGGACCUGUCUCGGUCCUCGUGCUAUGCUUAAAAUGGUCAUUAACCCCAUAGGAGGUAUCGUCAUGACAAAUGAUGGUAACGCCAUCCUUCGAGAUAUUCAGGUGCAGCAUCCAGCUGCGAAAUCCAUGAUUGAAAUUUCUCGGACUCAGGACGAAGAAGUGGGUGAUGGAACGACUUCAGUGAUCGUUCUUGCGGGUGAAUUGCUAGCCAGUGCCAUUCCAUUCCUCGACCAGAAUAUGCAUCCCACAGUCAUCAUUGGUGGGUACAGACAAGCUCUUGAGGAUGCUGUCGAUAUCCUCAAGAAUAAAGUAGCCAAGUCGGUGGACAUCGAAAAUACGGAAAAGAUGACCGAAGUGAUCAACUCCUGUAUUGGCACAAAGUUUCUGUCAAAGUGGAAUAGUCAGGCCUGUGAGAUGGCUCUCAAGGCUGUUAAGACCGUUUGUAUCGAUAAGCAUGGCUCGAAGGACAUUGACAUCAAGACUUAUGUUAAGGUAGAAAAGGUACCUGGAGGAUCGAUUGAAGAAUCUGAGGUCCUGGACGGUAUCAUGCUUAACAAGGACGUAGUUCACCCUCGUAUGAGGCGAUUCAUUGAGAAGCCACGUAUUGUGUUGUUAGACUGUAAUCUUGAGUACAAGAAAGGUGAAUCACAGACUAACAUUGAAAUUUCAAAUGAAACUGAUUUUACAAAGAUUUUCGAGAUCGAAGAAAAGUAUAUCCAGCAGAUGUGCGCCGAUAUCAUCGCCUUGAAACCGGAUCUUCUUAUAACUGAAAAAGGUGUUUCCGAAUUGGCCCAGCACUUCCUGAUGCAGGCAAACAUUUCAGUGAUUCGACGCGUACGUAAAACGGACAACAACCGAAUUGCCCGAGUAUGCGGUGCCACAAUCUGCAAUCGCACCGACGAGCUGAAGCCUGAGGAUGUCGGAACACGCUGUGGGCUUUUCAAAGUGAAGAAGAUUGGUGACGAAUAUUUCUGCUUCCUUACUGAGUGUGUCGAGCCCAAGGCUUGCACGGUCCUAUUACGUGGUGCCAGCAAGGAUAUUCUGAACGAGAUAGAACGCAACCUUCAGGAUGCGCUUGCGGUGGCCCGUAACAUCAUUCUUGAUCCCAAAAUUGUCUGUGGAGGCGGUGCUGUUGAAAUGGCCGUUGGGUACGAGCUGCAACAGCGUGCCAAAGUUCUUUCCGGCGUAAGUCAGUGGCCAUACAGGGCUGUUGCGAAGGCACUUGAAGUUAUUCCUGCGACUUUAAUCCAGAACUGCGGAGGAAAUCCGAUCAGGACGUUGACAAAGCUGCGGGCCAAGCAUGCCACUGGCGAUCAUGGGUUCGCUAUCAAUGGAGAAACCGGCGAAGUUGUUACAACUGAUGAGCUCAGGGUCGUGGAGCCGUUAGCUGUUAAACUGCAGGCCUACAAGACUGCAAUCGAGACGGCUAUUCUCCUUUUGCGAAUCGAUGAUAUUGUCAGUGGAAGCAAAAAAGCUACAACCCUUGAGGGAGGAGAACCCGCGCCUAAACAAAUGACUGAAGAGUCGGUUAAAGAGUGAAUAAAUCGAGGCUUAAAUUGAGUUGAGUCGAGCAAGUCUUUAACUUGCAGACUCGGAGAAAGAUUGACUGACUGCAUCAGAAAUGAAAUCGUUAGCGCCAACAACCUAUUUUUCUCAAUGGCUAUAUUUAUUAAAAAUAAUAAGCUGCAUACCUUUAUGCUUACUCGUGUUUUCAAUUCAUUGAGCUUAGCGUGUUGAGGUAUGCCUUGACGAUAAACCGUUUAAAAUGAGACUAAUUUUGACAUAUUGGGUUUCGUUAAUAGCAUAGGAUACAUUCUAUUUAUUAGGUCAGUCAACAUGAAUAUCGCUUAGAAAUGGGUUAACAUGGGUUAGAAAGCGCAUUUCUCGUGCGAUCCCCAUUUUUUUUUUUAUAAAAAUUAAUCUCGUAGUAAGUGUUCACAAUGCAUGCUAAAAUGUGGCCUAUGUUAUUUUAAGUUCGCUUGCUUUACGAGUCAUAGUUUCCGUAUAAUAAAUUGACGAAGCUGUUUAAGAAGUGAAUCCCAAGACUAGCGUUAGCAUACCCAUUCGGAAGACGUGAAACAGCCAUCAUCAGCAAUAGAGACCUAAUAACGACGAAAACUGGUAAAUGUUCUUGCUUUUAGUCUAUCUUAUAUAUCUAAGAAAUUAGCUUGGAUCGAGCGGUUUAAUUGUGUGAUCUGGUCUGCGUCAACUGACCAAAUUGGCGAGCUGUUUUCACCGCCUAACUUUUAAUUCAAAAAUAGAAUUAUCAACAUGAACAGAAUAUGGUAUGCUGCAAUUAUUAAAAAUAUACUUCUGCGUAAUGACCCAGCAAUUUAAUAUUUUCAACUUUUAUUUUAAAAUAAAAAAUACUAUCCUGUGUGGGGUAGUUGAUAUAAGCGUGA